AUGACGGAAAAAAGCGAACAAACGAAGAAUGGAAACGCGAAAAGUGCGUACACCGUCGGCGCGUAUGUUGGCGUCGAAAACAGGGCGACGAGUACGAGGAAAAUCGCCUCGACUCCACAAUCGACCACGUCGGCUAGAGAGAGACCACCGACUCUGUUGCAAACACCUGAAGGACAGUUGGCUUAUGUCAAAAAAGUGAGUGAAGCGCAUCACCAAAUCACUCACCGCUCUCCACACCUCCACACCCAUCACCCGAAUAAUCCGAUGCCAUCACGUCCACGUGCCCCCCUUGAAAUCCGAAAAGUGGUCGCCAUCGCCCACCAAUCGCCGCCACCAAUGGAAGAGGAAAUCGAUGUGUCGUCGAAUGGAGGGGCGGAGCUUGUAGAUCAUACGCAUAUGGAAGAAGUUGAGGAAGAAGUUGAUGACGUCGUCGAAGAGAUUCAGAGAGGAGGCGGAGGACUUGAAAUGAUACAGAAACAAGAGAAAAUGGAUGCUCAAAUGGUGAUGAAUGGAGAUUUUUCGGUGGCAUCGGAGGUGACGAUUAGUUCGAUGAAAUAUCAGGGAAGACCUUCUGGAACACAUGGGACACCACAAAUGAGACAAAAGCGCGUCUCAAACUUCACAGGUGAGACACUCAAUCUGAAAUCAUCUGACUUGUCGAUACCCAACAAGGCCGCCCAUUUCUUGUAUUUCCGUUGUUACGAAGAGCAUGAAGUUCAAAAAGAGUUCCCUCUGACGAUCGAUGAGAAUCGAAAAGGUCCACAGAAUUUCUUGGUGGAGCCACGUGUUGGACUCAAAAAUACGGAUUACUAUAUUGAUAGUUAUCUGUGGAAUCGAGGCAAAUCGACGAGUUCAAAAAAGAAAAUAUUCGUGGAAAUAGAGGGAAAUCACGUGAAAACGUCGAGACGUUCGUGUGAAACCGCACAUUAUGUGUUGAAUUGGUAUUACUCUAAUAUGGAGAAUCGUAUAUGCAAAAAGGUGUGCUGGUUGGAGACAGUGGCUGAUUGUGUGCGCGCGUCGCCCGUUCUUGUCCAAUACCACGUGAAUUAUCUAUCCGACAAUCCGAUUGAACUCAGAAAGACACCAAAACUCUAUAGUGACACUCGUUCGGUGGCUCAAGAAUUGUUGAGAAGUGACUCACCACUUCAGACUGUUCAGAGAUUUGUAGAGACUGGAGAAACGGAUCCCAGAGAGAUUAUUAAUAAGAAACAGGCGUACGAAAUGCGUCGUUACGUGAUGGCGAACGCCCGUAAACGUGGACAACGCAAAUUCGAAGAUAUGUAUUUCGACGAUGAGAUGUUCGAAGAGAUUUACUAUAAUGAGCACGGCGAACCGAUUAAUGUUCGAAAUACGACGAACAGAGGAGAACAACAGACGGAUGCGGGAAGGGCCGCUCAGUUGGCAGUCCGUAUGGAGGGACGUCGUAUCGAGAAUCGUAUCGCCCGAAUGUUGGAUAAUCGUCUUCCGGCGCCAAAGAACUAUGCCGACAUACUAUCGGAGUGGAUUGGAGCACUCGAAUCCACUUCUCAGGACAAUUUUCAUAUGGUAAUCCACGACGUGGUGAAUUCGAUGCGUAAACAAAUGGAUGAUAUGUUGGGAGGCGGAGAGCACGAACACGAAUUCCUAGUCGACGAACCGACGACUUCUGGAAAUUCUGGAAAUGCGGCGAAACGAAUGAAGUUGAUGGGAGAAGAGGAGGAACUGAAUCACGACGUUGUUGAAGAGGAAGAGGACGAGGAUGGACACACGACGACUCGUCGUGUUGAGACGACAACCAAGAGAUUUGAAGGCGAACGUUACAUAUUCGACGGCCAAGAAUACGUCGAAGAGGAAGUGAUUGCCGAAGAGAUUGAAGAAGUCGUCGUCCCAUCGGAUACUGUAGUCGUUGAUGAGACUACUGUAGUUGUUGGAGAGAGAGGAGACGCAGACGAAACGAAUGGAGAGGAGGGAGAAGAAGUCGUUCAUGAGGAGGUCGUCGUUGAGGAAACCGUCCCGGAAGAGCAUUAA